AUGCGGUCCGCCAUCUUUGUCCAUGCGAUCUUCAUCAGCAAUGACAUGCGACUGAACAGCUGGUUUGAUCCAUCGUGGAGAAAGAGGAUGCUGCUGACGCUGAAGAGCAACAAGUACAAGUCCAACAUGGUCCACAUGCUGCUGGGAGUAUCCCUCCAGAUCUGCCUUACAAAGAACAGUACCCUGGAGCCUGUCCUCACCCUCUACAUCAACCCCUUCGGAGGGAGCCACUCAGAGAGCUGGUACAUUCCUGUCAAUGAGAACAAUUUUCCAGACUGGCAGGCCACCAAGUUGGACCUGCCUUUCGAGUGCUAUAACUGGACUCUGACGCUGGGCAACAAGUGGAAGACAUUCUUUGAAACCAUUCAUAUCUACCUUCGGAGCAGGAUAAAGACUCAAACUGGAGUGAAUGACAGCUUAUAUUACGAGCCGUUAGAAGUGACAGAUCCCGCUAGGAACCUGGGUUAUAUGAAGAUCAACAGCAUCCAGGUCUUUGGCUACAGCAUGCACUUUGAUCCAGAGGCGAUCCGUGACUUGAUCUUGCAGCUGGACUACCCGUACACCCAAGGGUCCCAGGACACUGCCAUGCUUCAGCUGAUGGAAAUUCGAGACCGGGUGAACCGGCUGUCCCCUCCUGGUCAACAGAGGUUGGACCUGUUUUCUUGUCUUCUGCGCCACCGGCUCAAAAUGACUGCAAGCGAGGUGGUUCGCAUUCAUGCCACUUUACAGGCUUUCAGCUCACGUCUGCUCAACACAAUGGAUUAUGAGACCACCAAGUUAUGCAGUUAACAGAUACUUGAGGGAUGUCGGGACUGUACACAGCCUCAAGGAGAACUCCUGGACAUAUGAAGUGCCCGUGGGGUGGAGAUGAUUACGGGUGUGUUUAUGGAUUACCUAACUGUAGGAUAAAUCAGGAGAGAACCGACUGUGGACAGCUGAAGAUUGUACUUAUUGGGUUGUUUUGGUUUCUGUUUUGUGGCAACCUUUUUCAGUGCUAUAUGAUUGAUGGUGGAUCACCGAGAAAACGCACAAGAACAAACUCUUUAACACAAUAAUUCUUCAUUACAAAUUCAAAUUCCAAUUCAUAAAAGUUGAACCAUCCUGUUUCAAUAUGACUAUGCUCAUUUCUACUGCAACUACCAGUGCCAAAUGAAUGGACAUUUUAUGGUAAAAUUAAAAUGGUACUGUCUGUUUGUUUGUAACUUUUAUAUGUUAUUUUGCUUUAGUGACAGUGCACUUUCCAUGAAGACAAGAAUGCAGUGGUGUAAGUCAGUAUUUUGUAGAUAAAUUGAUAUUA